AUGACAUCCACUACGCCGACUCUGGUCGCGAGGGCGACGACUGAUGCGACGGAUACCAUCACCACCCUGGCUAUGUCCAGUCGCUUCACGCCACCCGCUUCAUGUUCGAGCUCGUGGACCUACGAGCCAUCAGGAGCAAACGGAAUCGCAAAUGGUCUGCUACUACAAAAUGCCGUUGCUAGCGACAAUGCCGAUCCUGCAUGUUUCCCGUCUGGAUACAGCCAAUAUGAGAGAGUUGAGCCAUCUAUCGUAUAUAGCCCGGGCUAUUGCCCAGUUGGUUACACCUCAGCCGAUCUAGUCAUUCGUGACCCAAUUACCACUGCUAUCUGCUGCCUUUCAAACUUCGAUUAUUUAACCAUACUCACGAACGGGGGCAAAACAUACGCCGGAUGCACAAGCAUGCUCCCAAAAACAAGUUCGACCAUCGUUACGGUUCGCCAAGUCACCGGUGAAAGCACACAAGUCUCUGGUCCGAUCACCAUGUGGGCGCAACCAAUCCAAGUACAGCUCCAAGCAUCAGACUCGAGCCUGUUCGUCUCCGCAACUACAACAUCAGGAUCAGCAGGCGCGACACGCUCGUCCACGCAAUCUGGAACAACUAGUACAUCAAGCUCAGGAUCGGGCGCCGCAUCAUCGGGCGCCACAUCGGACGCAAAAUCAAGCGGGUUGUCAACAGGAGCAAGCAUCGGCAUCGGGGUGGGUGUCGGCUGCGCAGCGCUCAUUGUAAUUGCCGCACUGGCAUUUUGGUUGUUCCGCCGGCGUCAGGCAAAGAAAAACCUUGCCGCAAACCCCUCCUACCAAUCUGUUCACCCAGAAGCCAGUGAGCUCGGCGGAAGCUCGCAGGCUGCUCCAUCACAAACUGCUCCGUCCAGCACAAUGGCCAAUACGACUGCGUCUGAAUUGGAAGGAACAAACGGACCCAAGCCCAUCCAUGAACUUUAUGCAUAG